AUGUCUCUGACUCAAUUAUCUUUCCUCCCUUUCUUUCUCUCCCUCAUCUUCCUCCUCUCCUCCAUCACCACAACCACCUCUACUUUGCAAAACCUCCUCCAAAGCCAGGGCUUACCAGGUGGGCUCUUUCCAAACAAUGUCAAGUCCUAUAAUCUUGACGAAAAUGGUCUCUUAGAGGUGCAGUUAGAGGGUCCAUGCAUGACUAAGUAUGAGACAAGAGUGGUGUUUGACAGUGUCGUUAGAGCUAAUCUUAGUUAUGGUGGGCUUAUGGGGUUGGAAGGGCUUAUUCAAGAAGAGCUUUUUCUUUGGUUUCCAGUUAAAGGUUUUGAAGUCAAUGAUCCAUCUUCUGGGUUGAUCUCGGUUGAUAUUGGUCUUGCUCAUAAGCAGCUCUCUCGCUCUGUCUUUGAAGUUCCUCCUGUUUGCAAACCUCAAGGCUCUGAUCUGUUGGAGAAUUUUGGAAGGAAGAUGGGAUUUCAGGUUCAAAGAUGA